AUGACGACCGCCGGCGGCGGAGCAACCAAGCUCGCCACUGCGCUCAUCGUAAUCCUCUCAAUCGCACUGCUCGCGCUCCUCGCCGAGCUCCUAUACCUCCUACGGCGCCGCCGCCGCAAGGCCGGUCAGGUCCCCGCCGCCGGAGACGACGAAAUUUCUCAGAUCUCAGCGGAUUCCUCCCUCUCCUCGUUCGCCGCUUCCAAGGACCUGCUCUACCUCCUCUGCGCGCGGCCGCCGCCGCAGUUCCGUGUCGAGCGCAACUCCGCCACCGCCGCCGAUUCCGAUCUCCGGCCGGAUUUAGAGGCUAUCGACUUCGAUCUUGUGAAGAUUCACGGCGUGUUCGGCCCGCCGAGGUUCCUUUUCACGAUCAUGGAGGAGGAGAGGGAGGAUCUGGAGCCCCCGGCCGGAAAACACGGCGGGCGAGAAAUUCGGGGCGCCGCCGCGCGCAGGGUGAGCUUAGAGGACCAUUUCAGGGCGGCGGCGCUGGAUGAGGAGGAUAAAGAGACGGUGGCUCCGGAGAUGGUGGUGGAUAUUGACGGUGCCGGAGUCGACGACACGACGCCGUUCUCAACGCCCUGCGCAUCACCGGUGUAUUUCACGCCGCCGGCCUCGCCGGCUCACGGGUCGGUCAACGGACGGACAACGCAAGGGAGAUUGAUGACGUCAGGCAUAGAGCAGCACCGACUGCAUGGGCAGAAGCGUAAUUUUGAAGUCGCAACAACCGUUGCCGUUUGA